CGAGACAAACUAUUGAACGAUUUGGCUGAUAUUAAAUUGCCGCUCAAAACUGACGAGAGCCGUAGUUAAGUUGUCGCUCUAAACUGACGAGAGCCGUUGUUAAGUUGUCGCUCUAAACUGACGAGAGCCGUUCACUUGGAGAUUCCGAAUAGCACCGAUAGGGUGUUUGUAUGUUCACAACUCACUGGGCUAUCAGAUUAGAUAAAGUUAUCGUGUUGAUUCCCAGCUGGCAAUAUAUCGCAUUCCAUGGCAGUAACUUCACAUGACACUUCACAUGAGAGGAUGGAUCAUUACGAUGGAUGUCAAACAACGCCAGACUAUCCGACAAACUUCGCCGAUUUGGAUUAUUGCUUGACGCGGGAUGUAUACGAUGCUGUACAUCCAUUGGUGAAGGGGUCGGAAGACGUAAACUUUCGACAAAAGUGUUUGACGGCUACGAAAACUUAUAAACUAGGUACCCCGGUUCCACGAAUGGUAUACCCGGAUUUCCAGCGGCAGACGUGGUCGAAGGUGUUCACCAGACUAACCGAGCUGUACCCGAUACACGCCUGCAAGAAAUUCAACCAGUUGUUCUCACCUUUUGUUGAAGCGUGUGGCAUAGACGCUGACCACGUACCAGAUAUUGAGACAGUCUCAAGUUAUCUCCAAAGGAGAACCAGUUUUCGACUCCGACCGGUUUCCGCAUUCAUUGAGCCACGUGAUUUCUUGGCCGCGUUGGCGUUUCGUGUGUUUUGUUGCUCCCAGUUCAUACGUCAUGAUGACGCAUCUUUUUUCACGAGCGAACCUGACAUCGUUCAUGAUGUACUUGGACACGCAGUACUGUUAUGCGACCCCGACUUUGCCCAGUUCUCACAGGAUAUGGGACUCGCCUCGCUGGGUGCAUCGGACACUAUCUUGGAUAAAAUAGCAUCGAUCUAUUCGAGUACGAUUGAAGCAGGGCUGUGCAUGGAGGGGAGCGACAUCAAGGCCUUUGGUGCUCUGCUCUUGUCGGGUGCUGCAGAACUGCAGCAUGUCUUUACGGAUCAGGUAAUAGGACGCCCUCUUGUGGCAAAGGAAGCCGGCUUUAUGCCUGCCAUCGACUUGUCCAAGUACCAGGACGUGUAUUAUGUGGCUGAGAGUUUGGGAGAUGCCCAGCAUGUAGCUAGGGUCUUCGUGAAUGGGCUUACAGGAAAGUUGAACUUGAAAUAUAACCUUGAGAGUAACGUUAUCGAACGACUGGACGCGAAGUGGUAACCUGUUGUACGACAAUCAAUGUUUGGCACAAGUGAAUUGUACAUAAAAUUAUUGAGAUAAAUGGAAGUUUUCAUUUUGUCUAGGCCUAUAAACCACUUAUUUCUUUAAAACUCAGUUCGUUGAUAGUAUAUUUUGCUUUAAAAAUUAAACAACAUUUAAAUAAUUUAUUAUGUCCAGGAUGAAAUAGGAAACUCUAAAUUCCUUUCUUUGAAAUGAAACACCCAACUGUAAGUUAUUUUCCGCAAAGUGCAAUUCACAACUCUAAAAUUCCUUCCUCAAGAUGAAAUUCACAACACUAAAAUUCCUUCCUCAAGUUGAAAUUCACAACUCUAACAUAAUUUUUUUUGUAACUGUGGAACUUCCUUAAAGGCAUUGAACACAUUUGGUAAUUUUCAA